AUGACUGACUUAAGGCGGAACAAAGCUCAACGGGAGGAGCUGGACUCCAUCCUCUUUAUUUUUGAAAAAAUUCUGCAACUUCUACCUGAGAAAAUCAACAGUCGAUGGCAGUUUCACAGUAUAGGUUCUAUACUCAAAAAACUUUUGCACACUGGAAACUCUUUCAAGAUCCGCUGUGAGGGCAUGCGUCUGUUCCUGCUCUGGCUGCAGGCUCUGCAGAGUAACUGUGCUGAAGAACAGCUCCUCAUCUUCGCCUGUCUGAUCCCAGAUUCCCUGCUGUACCCUCAUCCAGCAGGACCCUGCACACUGGACACCAUCAUAUACAACCCCUUUUCCAACCCGCCUGAUGCCAAGAUUGUGCCAGAGGAGAUCACCCCGCUGGUGCCUGCGCUCGAGAAGGUGGCAGAAGACCACACCUGCUCCGUCCUCCAGAUUGUGCUAAAGGUCAUGGUUCUCCAGGCAUCCAGCUUGGACUGGAAAAACAAAGAGAGCCAGGACAUGGGCUUCAGAUUUCUCUUUUCCCUCUUCAAGAAGUACUACCUGUCGCACCUCUUCCCCUCUUUCACAAAACAAACCAACCUCUACAAGCCACAGUUAGAUCUUCCCAUUAACAGACCAAAGCCUCUCUACGUUCCUGAGACGCGUAACAGUGAGAGCACAUACUGCACUAGGGAUCAAUACCUGGCUCCCCGCGUGGCCUUCAUCACGUGGCUUGUUAACUUCUUCCUGGAGAAGAAGUAUGUGAACUCGGCCACGAGCAGCUCUAAGAACGGAGGAGAGGUCCUUCCUAAGAUCAUCCAGACUGUGACUGCGGGUGGGAUCAGUCAGGAGAAGAGCGCAGACUCUGAGCCCAAUGGUCCUGUGGAACAGGAGAAGAAUCACUCGAACAGCAGCACGCUGUCAGACCGCAGGGGCAGUAACUCCAGUCUGUGUAGCAUCGAGGAGGAGCAUCGCGCCGUCUACGACAUGGUGCAGUCCAUCCUGCUCUCCACACGAGACAACGUCAAUUUCGUCAAUGAGGUCUUCCAUCAGGCUUUCCUGCUGCCAGCCUGUGAAGCUUCAGCCACUCGCAAGGUGAUCAAAGUCUACAGGAAGUGGUUUCUGCAGAAACCCAAUUUCAUGGCUGAGCCAGAGCGAAGCCAGGAGGAAGAUGGAGAGGAAGAGCACCUCAUAUCUGAGACGGACAGUGCACACGUGCAGGUCUUGGAGACUCAUGGGCAUAAACGCUCGUCCAGUUGGGGGCGCACUUACUCCUUCAGCAAUGCCAUCAGCAGAGGCUGUCUGACUGAAGAACAGAACCAGGACGUGAAAGCUGGCGUCCAGCCCACCCUGCAGGUGUUCCUGACAAACUCUGCCAACGUGUUCCUGUUGGAGCCGUGUCAGGAUGUGCCCAAGCUGCUGGAGAACCAGCUAGAGGUGUGCCGAGCUGUGCUCAGCGUCUACCGUCACAUUAUUAUGGAGCAAAACAUGAACCGCGCCCGACCUGACGAUCUUCGUGGCGUGGGUGCGGUCCAACCUGACUGUGUUAUCUCUCGUGAGCUUUGGGACGAGCUGCUGGCUGUGCUGUCCUCUCUCAGCCACUGGGAGGAGCUGGUGUUCGAGUGGGCCAGCAUCAUGGACUCUCUCACCGCAGUACUGGCCCGUCACGUCUACGGCCUGGACCUCCACAACCUACCACUGGACAAACUCUCAGAGCAGAAGGAAAAGAAGCAGCGUGGCAGGGGCCUCACCAUUGCUUGCCGUCAUGAGUUCCAAUGGCUGACGGAAGCUCCAGGCGAUGUGUUGAACGCGAUGAUUAGGUGGUGCUCACCACGCUUCUUCUUCCUGGGCCUGCCGGGCUUCACCAUGCUGGUGGGGGACUUCAUCACGGCGGCUGCUCGUGUCCUCAACACUGAUUCCUUUGAGGCUCCACGGAUCGAGGCUCAGACAGUUCUUGGUUCGCUGGUGUGCUUCCCUAACCUGUAUCAACAGAUCCCCUCUUUGCAGUCUGUUCCCGGAUCUGAGGAUAUCGUAGUUGGCAAAGAGGACAUGAAGGACUACCUUGUGAACAUCCUUUUGAAGACGGCACGCAAUGAGACACUGAUAUGUUUUAGGUGUGUAGCAAUCUGCAGUCUGGGGCUGUGGGUGUGUGAGGAGCUGAGGCAGACAGAAACUCACCAUCAGGUCAAAGAUGCCAUUAAUGUCCUGGGCGUCACGUUGAAGUUUGGAAAUAAGGUGGUGGCCAGUGUGGCCUGUGACAUCUUUCAGCUACUGAUUUCUCACUGGCAGCACUUACAGAGACUGGAUCCGUCCCUUCCAAAAAGAAUUAUAGAGAUUUUUGUAGCAACCAUAGCAUUUCUUCUGCCCAGUGCUGAACACUCAACAGUUGAGGCAGAUAAAAAGUUAAUGGUGUCUCUACUGCUGUGCCUGCUGGACUGGUGCAUGGCCGUACCUCUCUCCAUCCUGCUGGAGCCCAUCACUAUGCCUGUGCUGGAUGACCCCGCAUCGCAGAAAGCCCCUCUACUCGACUACAUUUACAGGGUGCUGCACACUUGUGUAUCAGGGUCUAAUCUGCACACUCAGCAGAGUCACUACCUCCUCAGCCUCGCUGAUCUGUCGACAGACUAUGAACCCUUCCUUACUUUAGGCAAUGUCAAGAGUUUUGAACCACCACCCAUACACAAUGUCAUGGGAGACUUCGGAAAUCUCCUCACUGUGGCUGAAGAAAAGAAAAGGAGAAGCCUGGAGCUGAUUCCUCUGACCGCUCGGAUGGUAAUGACACACCUGGUCAAUCAUUUGGGCCACCAUCCUCUCAGUGGCGGCCCUGCCCUCUUAAACAGCCUGGUCAGUGAGAACCACGACAACCCCUACGUAGAAUCUUCUGAGCUCUCCUCUGAAGUCUUCAAAAGCCCCAAUCUACAGCUCUUUGUGUUCAAUGACAGCACACUGGUCUCAUGCCUGCAGAUCCCUUCUGACAGUUCUAGCAUGGCCCAAGUAAGUGCCAACCCGAGGGAUCAUUCCUCUGAUGUCCGCGUCAUCGUCAGGGACAUCUCGGGAAAGUACUCGUGGGACGGCGGUGUACUGUUCCGCACUUUGGAUGGAACUGGCUUGAGUUCUGGUGGCAGCAAAGAUCAGUUGUCACACAGCGCCACUCACUCUGAAAAGCAGGGCUCUGUGCGCUCCAGUAAAUGCUCCUCUGAGCUGGAAGUGGAAGAUGGCGUGGAUGUGUUGGACCAGCUACUGGAAGUCCUUGGAUACAGCAGCCCUGAGUGCCUGCCGCAGCCCCAGCUGAGGCUCACCCAGCCGCCCUCUCCACCCAUCGGCAUGAACCCUGACAUGGAAGGGCUCAUCAUGGAUGCCAUCCACAGACAGGCCAGGCAGGAGGAUGAGGAGCUGGCCCGGCGACAGACUGAAGACCCCAGCAUCAGAGCAGAGAGGCAGAGAGAGCCCACGCACCACGAGCCAAAAUCUCCUUUUUACCUCUGCAGACUUCUCCUCAAUGACCUCGGCAUGAACUCAUGGGAUCGCAGAAAAAGCUUUCAUCUUCUAAAGAAGAACUCCAAGCUCUUGAGAGAGCUGAAGAAUUUGGACUCAAGGCAAUGUCGAGAGACGCACAAGAUUGCAGUGUUCUACAUUGGAGAGGCCAGGAGGACAAAAUGCUCCAUUCUGUCCAACACGGAGGGCAGUCAGGCUUAUGAGGACUUUGUCUCUGGGCUGGGAUGGGAGGUGAAUCUGGCCACUCACUGUGGGUUUAUGGGUGGUUUGCAGAGAAACGGCAGCACAGGUAGCACAGCACCAUAUUACGCUACAUCCAACAUGGAGGUCAUCUUCCAUGUGUCGACUCGCAUGCCUUCUGACUCAGAUGACUCCAUCACCAAAAAGCUUCGUCACUUGGGAAACGAUGAAGUGCACAUUGUGUGGUCGGAGCACACUCGGGAUUACAGGCGAGGAAUCAUUCCCACCGACUUCGGAGAUGUCCUCAUCAUCAUCUACCCCAUGAAAAACCACAUGUUCUUUGUUCAGAUCAUGAAAAAACCCCAGGUUCCUUUCUUUGGGCCUCUGUUCGACGGGGCGAUAGUGACUGGAACACUGUUGCCGAGUCUAGUGCGGGCCACGUGCAUCAAUGCGAGCAGGGCUGUGAAGUCUCGACUGCCGCUUUACCAGAGUUUUUAUGAGGAGAGGGCUCUCUACCUGGAGGCCAUCAUUCAGAACCACAAGGAGAACAUGACCUUUGAGGACUUUGCUGCCCAGGUCUUCUCACCUUCCCCCAGCUACUGGCCAACGGGAGGUGCAGGUUCCCUCAGCUGCAGCACGAGUGCUGACCUCGGUGUUACUGUGACGGCCAACGACUCCAGCGACCAGGUCUCGCCCACUUUACCCCGCGCCUCUAAGAACCGGGUUUCCGGAAAGCUCCGCCGCUCAGCCAGCGCCAUCAGCAAGUCCUCUAACUGAACACUUCCGCCGGCCGUCAGACUGCAUUGUCCUUAAACUUUGUGGAUGAAUGUAUCAUUUGACCGUAAUGUUUUCCACCUGUCAUUUUUUUCCUUUUUGAAGCCGAGUAGCAGUGAAAGAUGCAACUGUUGUCACAAACUUAUGUAGCUUCACCUGUCGUGAAGAAAGAGAAACUGCAAUUACGCUGAAGUUAAUCUUCAAAUGUGAAAUUCAUUGCAAUUUUCUAAAUAAUGCUGCAUUUGGACUGGAUUUACGCAUUCGGAUCUAUUAUUGUCCCAAAAAUGUCCUUACGACUGAGUAGCAACUGAAUAAUAGGAAACAUUUCAAAAACCCUGAGGCUUUAGCUGGUUUUUAAUACUCUCAUUGUCCAGUUCUUUGAGCUUUUCUUCAUGUCAAACACUGAAAACCCAAUCACUGAUGCAUGUGGGAGAGACUCGUCCCAGCACUGAGAUGCACUUUUGAAUCAUCAAAAAAAGAGAGUCUUCUUUUACUACUUUCAUAAUGUACUGAGUGAUGCCUAAAGUGCAACAGACUGCAAUAAAAUCACGAUUUCUUUUGUUAUUAUGAUUUACUUUUAAGUGAUUCGUUUGAUUAUUUUAUGGAACGUAUUUAUGCAACAUGCUGAAUCGAGAAGGCUCCCAUUGUUUGUGAUUCUGUCGAGGUGUAGCACGAAGGUUGAGCUUCUUAAUUUGAGAAUUGAACGUCUCCCAUUCCUGUCAUGUAAAUCUACUCCAACAUUCCAAUGUUUUUGCACUCACUCAGUGGUGAAGAUGCCGUAGAUCGAUGUUUGUUCCGUUCUUCCCUCUGUAUUUGGAUGUGCAUUGCUUUUAUUUGGAUUUGAUUUGAUUAUAUAUAUAUAUUUGUUUCAUGUUGUGUGUGUAUAGAUAUAGAUAUAUGUGGAGAAAUAUCUGCCAUCGUACUAUUCCUGACUAAACGGAGGAAAAGCCUCCAGCGCCUCAGGUGAAGCUGAUGCCUGCACUGGCUGCUUGUGAAGGGAGCUGUUCACAGUGCCUGUGUAACACCUGUCCGGAUUUUCAGAGUUUUGGUGUUUUCUUUGUGGUUUCUGCCGUCAUUUAAUUGAUCCCACACUUCCUACAUGGAGAGCAGCAUGUUUUCCCGACGAGUCUUACAUUUCACUGGAGUAAAUUGAAUGAGAUUGUCUGCGUUUUGUGAGAGCUGGUUCUGUCUGAUUAGAUGCUGGAUGGGAGUUCUUUUCCAGCUGCUUCCCUGAUCCCGCGUGCCUCUCCGAGUGCCCUUUACCGUACCAGCAGCAUGCCAGUGCUUCUCUCUCUCUCUCUCUCUCUCUCUCUCUCUCUCUCUCUCUCUCUCUUCUGCCAACGCCCUGCCGCCCCUCUCUGUUCCUGUAGAGACCCACCUUGGUUGUCAUGGAGGCCAGGUGUUACACACGCUGCAGGCUCCGCCCAGGCUGCAACAGGACACAUGUUGCACUAUUUUGCCUUACCUGUACACUUGUCUUUGUCUCGCUUCGCCUGAUACUUUUUCUCUCUUCUAAAUGCUAAGCACCAUGCUCUGAAUGAAAAACGCUGACGAAUGUAUGCAAACCCACAGCCCAGAUUCCACCUGAAAUCUCAACUCAGAUGAUGGGAUUUUAAAUGAGCUUUGGGUUGAAAAUACUGCAACUGGCCUAACUUCUGUUUGAUCAUGACAUGUUCGUUGUAGACUUUGUUGUUAACCUUGUAUAUUGUGUCUCUCUUUUUUUCUGUUCUUUUUUUCUUUCUUUGAAUGUUCUAAAUUCUGAAGGGUAUAAAUAUAUUAAUGCCUGUAAUAUAUUCUUUGUAUAAGAUAUUGAAGAUAAGGAAGCUUGAAGAUUUUGUCAUGACUUGUUAACAUAUCAGACUGUUUUUAAUAGAAGUAAUCGCUUUAUCUUUACUAGAAAUGUGAAGAAAUCGAAACAAUUCAUUAAAUCGAUUUGAAGUUCAUGUUUAUA